AUGAAUGUUUUAAAACAAUUACAUUUUCAAAUUAUUGAUAAAAGAAUAUUUAAUAUCCGAACAAUGAGGAGUGUAGCUAAAAUGGAUUCUGGAAAGAAUUCUCUACAAUUAAGAAGACCAGAAAAGCGUUUACUUAAAUUAAAAUUUGAUCAUAUACCUAUAAAGGAUCAAGUUGUAGUUAUGUUUCCUGGUUAUGGUACUCAAUAUUUAACUAUGGGACGUAAUGUGAUUGACAAUCCAAAUAGUAAAAGGCUUUUUGAUCAGGCAAACGAAUUUUUGAAAUUUGAUUUAUUUGAUCUUUGCCAAAAUGGUCCAAAGACUAAACUUGAUCAAAUAAUUUAUUCUCAACUGGCAAUUUUUGUUUCUUCCCUCGCAGCUUUUGAAAAAUUGAAAACAGAACAGCCAGAUAUAAUGGACCAUGUUGCUGGUUUUGGACAGGGUGAAUUCUGUGCAUUAGUAGCUGCAAAUGUUAUCAAUUUUGAUGAUGCCUUAAAAAUAAUGAAGAUUUAUGCAGAUGCUAUUGAAAGAUCAAAAGGAGAGCUUCCUCUUUGCGAAUUGGCAGGUUAUUUAUUUUGCCAUGUGAAGAUAAUUGCUGGGACAAUGAAAAGUCUAGAAUUCCUUAAUCAACAUGCUAGCCAUUUUAAAUUUCAGAUACUCAAACGUUUGCCAAUUUAUGGUGCCUUUCACACGACACUAAUGAACGAAGCUGCAAAUGAUGUUAGGGAAUACUUGGAAGGAAUUAAUGAAAUAAAUAUUCCUUGUAUAAAUGUUUACUCAAACUACACGGGAAGACCUCACUUAUUCCAAAUAAAAAGAAUAAAACGUGAUGUUGUCAGACAAAUUACAAAUCCAAUUAAAUGGGAACAGAUUGCACAACUUCUUUUUCAAAAGAGACAGAAUUUUCCCUCCUAUAUUGAAGUUGGGCCAGGUAAACAACUUGGAAAUAUUCUAUAUAAUAUUGGAAAGAAAACUAGAAAUACAUAUAUACAUUAUCCCCCUUAA